AAGUUAACCAUCUUUUAGCGGGCGUCUCGCAGUAGAACGCCGUGACGUAAUGUGGGAGGGUUCGCCUGGUAGGGCUGAGUUAGACCAAUGAGGAGGGCCAAGGGGCUGGUGUGCUUGUUCUCACGCCCAACCCUCAGUCCCAGCCCCAGGAAAGUUUCAUUUCUGGGAGGGAGAGGAGAGAACAUGGCAGCGCGUUGGUGGUUUUGGUGUAUCUCUGCAACCAUGGCGGUGGCGCUGCUGCUCGUUUAUGGGGUUCCCUCCGCCUCUGCCCAAAGAAAGAAGGAGAUGGUGUUAUCUGAAAAGGUUAGUCAGCUGAUGGAAUGGACCAAUAAAAGGCCUGUAAUAAGAAUGAAUGGAGACAAGUUCCGUCGCCUUGUUAAAGCCCCACCAAGAAACUACUCCGUUAUUGUCAUGUUCACUGCUCUCCAACUUCAUAGACAAUGUGUUGUAUGCAAGCAAGCUGAUGAAGAAUUCCAGAUCCUGGCAAACUCUUGGCGAUACUCCAGUGCAUUUACCAACAGGAUAUUUUUUGCUAUGGUAGAUUUUGAUGAAGGCUCCGAUGUAUUUCAGAUGCUAAACAUGAAUUCAGCUCCAACUUUCAUCAACUUUCCUGCAAAAGGGAAACCUAAACGGGGUGAUACAUAUGAGUUACAGGUGCGUGGUUUUUCAGCUGAGCAGAUCGCCCGGUGGAUUGCUGACAGAACUGAUGUCAAUAUUAGAGUAAUCAGACCCCCAAAUUACGCUGGUCCUCUUAUGUUGGGAUUGCUUUUGGCUGUUAUUGGUGGACUUGUGUAUCUUCGAAGAAGCAAUAUGGAAUUUCUCUUUAAUAAAACUGGAUGGGCUUUUGCAGCUUUGUGUUUUGUGCUUGCUAUGACAUCUGGUCAAAUGUGGAAUCAUAUAAGAGGACCACCGUAUGCUCAUAAGAAUCCCCACACAGGACAUGUGAAUUAUAUCCAUGGAAGCAGCCAAGCCCAGUUUGUAGCUGAAACACACAUUGUUCUUCUGUUUAAUGGUGGGGUUACCUUAGGGAUGGUGCUUUUAUGUGAAGCUGCUACAUCUGACAUGGAUCUUGGAAAACGAAAGAUAAUGUGUGUAGCUGGUAUUGGACUUGUUGUAUUAUUCUUCAGUUGGAUGCUUUCUAUUUUCAGAUCUAAAUAUCAUGGAUAUCCAUAUAGCUUUCUGAUGAGCUAAAAGGAUUACAGAGAUAUAGACACUGGAUUAACAGAAGCCGAAAAAUGAAAAAGUUGUGUGUGUGAAAAGAAGAAUACAAUUUGUGUAUUUUGUAUUACCUCUUUUUUUCAAGUGGUUUAAAUAGUUAAUCAUUUAACCAAAGAAGAUGUGUAGUGCCUUAACAGCAAUUUCCUGUCAAAAUCAUGAAGUAUUUGUAUACAAUUCUCUUUAUCUUCAGUUCCUAGUGAACUUUAUGGAACAUUUAAUUUAGUAGUAUUAAAUAUAAUAUAAAAAUUUAAAAACUACUUCAGUUUAAUUAGAACAAGAUUCAAAACUGCUUUAAUUAAUUUCUGGCCAUCUGAUUUUUUUAUUAUCUUAUCCAGAGGUGGGGGGAGGACAGUUCCGACCAGGUGUUCCUGCAUAUGCCUGUUACAGAUCAAUUGAAUCAGGAAUCCAUUCUUAGCUUUUCCAUUUUGCAUGGAUAUGUAUACGUUGCACAUCUUACCUUUUGAAUAGAGAAAUCAUAUGUGCUGUGUGGUCUAAUGCAGGUGGAACACCAUUCUUCAGAGUACACGUCUAGCCUUUAAAAAAAAAGACUAGCCAAUCCUCCUCCUCCUCCAUCUUUCCUACUGAUAUACAAUGCUAGCUAUGCUUCUUGGUAGCUGUGGAUGUUAAAAAGUAUCUCAACACAGGAUUAUCAUUUCUGCAUGAGUGGUAAUUACCUUGUAUUUAGGAAGAUUUCAGGUUCUGUCGUCUCUCUAGUUUUAUUUAAGGCAGACCAUUUUAUAAUAAAAAUGUAGCUUAGUGAUAAAAUCAGUGUAACUUAAAAAUGCUCUAAAAUGUUUCUGCAAAUUAGAGAUUGUCGCUUAUUUCAUUUGCACCUAAGAGAAAAAGAUAGGUUCAUCUGGUUAAGUUGAUUUCUGUAUUACGGUUACGACAUAUUUCAUUAACCUUUGUGUUUAGGAAAAGGACCUUCCCUAGAUUGGGAAAAGAAAAUCAUGAAGUUAUUGCCUAUCAUUAGAAAGUAAAUGUUUCUCAAAAGCUAUUCUAUUAUUUUAGCCUUCAUUCUCUCACUUUAAGUGGAGAAACAAAAUAAACAUUUGAAUAGGUUUUGUUUCAGUUUUGUCUUUUUAUUCUGUCAAUGGAAAUAACCUUUGUUGUUUUAUAUAUGCAAAUAACCUAAAUAUAUACUAACCAAAUUUCUGUGAAGAAUGAAAGUUGAUGGUUAUCAUCAAAUCUAGCUAUAACCUCCUCCAUAGUUAUGAAGAGUAUCCUGAAAUGCCACUAUUAGGAAAUACAAGAACUGUGAUUGUGAAAAAAAAAUUAAGAAAGUAUUGCAUUAAAAUAAUACUGUGACUGCCUGCUACUAUUUACCAUCUAAUAACUCUUCCAUGUGAUCUAGAAAUUUGCAGAAAGAAAUGGAUAUAAUUGUCUAAAAAGAAAUGUUUUAUGUGAGUUUUUUUGUUUUGGUUUGGUUUUUGGUUUUGUUUUUUGUUUUUUGCUUGUUUUUGUUAUUAGGUUUGGUAGAUGGGGGGAUACAGUUGACUUUUUACUCUUUGAUGGAGCCACUUUUUGUUAAUUACUCCGUGUAAAUUGUGAUUCUGGAUUCCUUAUCUGCUAUUCUUGUACUUGUCUCAGGCCAAAUAAAUUCAUGCUGUCAUUCUUAUGAGACUUGUAUGAAGAUACUCUGAUUUGUAUGGACUGACCAGGGGAAUACUACUGCCAUGUAAUCUGUAUAGCUCCAGAUAAUUUGCCAUGAGCAUUGAAAGAAUGACAGUUUUGUUUUGUUUUGUUUUGCAUUUGUUUUUGUCUCCCUUAAGAGCACAUUUUUCUUCUGUAAGGAGAAAAGUUGCAUUCUGGCUAAAAUCUAUAAAAAGCAAAUUUACUACACUUAGAAUAGUGUUACCUUUGUGGAAAUUUUGAAAUUAGCUUUCAUACAAAGUGCCUUAAGUAGACUCUUACUUUUCUAGUAAUUGUUUGAAUAUUAUUUGUUAUGCAUUUUAAAAUACUAUUCAAAAUGAUGCAUUAUAGUGGCAAAGAUAACCAAAUAUCUGGCUGUUCGCUUUUUGACCAUAUCAAUAAACUUUUUCAAUCUAAA